GGCGAAAUUUUGCCCGGACGCUGCCUUCAAGUGACUCAGAUUCGGGGUGCAAACUUACGGUGGAUCGAGGCUAGUGCGAACUUUUGCAUACCAUCUUGUGUAGAGCUUGGUUUGCUCUAUCGAAGGGGAUCUCUAUCGCAUGCACAUGCAUUAGGUUUCGAGAAAUAGAAGAUUUCGUCUGGAAAUGUUCGAAAACUUUCGAGCCAACCUAUUAGAUUGUUUAAUUGCUGAACUUUUCCAGAAAUUCGGAUUUGAAGUCAAAAGCAGUUUGUGAGAUGACUAUCUAUUUUAUCGUGGAUGGGCAUCAAUCAAAUAUUUUGUCCAAGCCAGAAAAAUUUGAGGAAAUCGAGAAGAAGAACUCCCUCUACAUUCAAAUUCUCAAGGAACUAUUUGGCGUUCUAGCAAGUCGCCAGUCGGAACUUGGUGUGGAAGUGUUCUGGGGAAAUACUUCAUGUAUACGUACGAAGGCUUCAGAUGGAAAAAUCAUUCCUACUUUGGAAGAAACAAUGUCGAGAAACCGAGGUAGUCUUCAUCUCGGUCGCCUUUUCGACAAAUUGCGUCCCACUAUGAAUUCUGACGAUGCAGUUGUUCUGCUCACCGAUGCUGCAAUGUUUAAGGGUGAUAUCACUUCCUAUCCUCGUGGAAUGAUGUUCUCCAUAGUUGUUGAUACAGGAGCUGUGAAUUCAGACCAAAUGGCGGAGUUAAAUGAGCUUUCAACCACUUGCAACAGCGAAAUGCGUUCCGAAGGUAAUCAGAAGCACUGGGUUCUUCGCUAUUCUGAGUACAGCAGUGUGAGCGCUAUGGUUGCGGAGCUUAUGAAUUCACUCCAAAAACCAGACUAUACUACCCUCUUUAUCGGAAAUCUCUCUGCUUCAAUACAGCUCCAACCGUCUACCGACAAAGAUUUGCCCGAUAACAUCGAAGUGAUAGGAUUUGUACGCUCUGCAAAUAUGAUGAAUAUCCCGGUAGAUGGAGUACAGUUUAUUACAACAUGUACAAAUUCUCAAAGUAAAUCGAGUUCAGAGAAUCGACCCCCAGAAGUCGACGACUCCCCGCACUUUGUCACGACAGAAGAUCAAGACAGUGACGAUUUACUUGGAACAUUGGGUCCUGCCCUAGUUGAAACGGAAAGCGUUGCUCUAGUGCUCAUCAGCGACGGGCAGUAUGGUUGCAUUACAGCUGAAAAAGUGGGGGAUAACUUUUGUUUGGUCUUGAAUAAGUUACCCGAAAAUCUUCCCGAUUUCAUCCCAAAUUUCUCCAAUCUCGAAUCUGGCCCGGAUGAACAAGCUGGACCAUUGCAUUUCACCACCCUUCAAGGUGUAGCACCUAGCUACAACCCAGUAGUUCAAUCUUGGGUCACGGAGCACGGAUUCAAUAUGGACUUCCAGAAAAUGUUUCGUCUGCUAAGGAAAUUGCCUGAUAGGCCGCAUCUCUUCUACCAAGAGGUUAAUCGUUUUCGAAAAUAUGCCUUGGCAAUUGGAAUGGAUCACGUCCUAUUCGAAGCAGCACGAAUUAUUCGAGAAGAAAUCAAACAAUUGAAUGCCACCGCUCAGACACAUGGCGCAUAUGUAGCCACAGCAUUCGAGAAAGAGAAUCCACGCUCUGUACCGGAAAUACUACAGUGGGGAGCAUAAUCCUGCAUAAACUGUUAUUGAAGCGGUCGAGUCACGUUAAAUUACAACCACAUCUUUUUCCACUUCAAAGAAUGACGCUAGUGAUCUAACCUUUAGUUAGACUUGUGCAUGGCUGACAUGCUCAAAUACGAUGGUGGUCAAGGCGGG